AUGCCCCCCAUCCUCUGUCAAUACCUUUUGUCGUUCUACGCCCGAUCCACAUCCCGCCUUCAUUCCACUUCGUGUGCACCUACCCGUGGCGUCAAACAAGGCGACCCCUUAUCGCCUCUUCUUUUCAUUAUGGCUCUUGAUGAAGCCCUUUCCUCCAUUGGUGA